GAUGCUGGCAUUUAAAGGCGUCGCCCAGCUCUUUAUCCUGGGCUGCACGUGGAUCCUGGGCGUCCUGCAGGUGGGCGCGGCGGCGCGGGUCCUGGCGUACCUGUUCACCAUCGCCAACAGCCUGCAGGGCGUCUUCCUCUUCCUGGUCUACUGCCUGCUCAGCCAGCAGGUCCGGGAUCAGUACCGCAGAGGGUUCCGAAGGACCGGGAAGUCGACAGAGGAACCCGCGUCGUACACCCUGUCCAGCCAGGCGGCGCCCGAGGCCGCCCGGCCCGCCCCG